AUGAAUGAUUUAGUGAAGUAUUCUGAACAUACGUAUAUUACGUAUAAGAUGGUAUCUUUGGGCAAACAGUUCCCUAAAUCCAAUGGCAUUAAAACAAAAAAAGUCCGGAUUUAUGUCACCGAAAAUGACGCCACCGACUCUUCAAGUAAUGAAGAUGAAGAAACGCCAAUGGUUCAAAACCGAGUGAAAAAACAUGUUUACGAGAUUAGAAUAUCAAAAUACAUCUCAAACCGAACCGUGAACGAAAAUGCAAAGCCAGCCCAGAAUGCAGUGGCCAAAAGGAUGCCCAAUGGGGUUAAGAAGUAUAGAGGCGUUAGGCAAAGGCCGACCGGGAAAUGGGCAACGGAGUUCAGAGAUCCACUUCGGAAGGUCAGGCUUUGGUUGGGUACCUACAACACUGCAGAAGAGGCCGCCUUGGUCUACGACAGGGCUGCUAUACGCAGUAAAGGGCCCAAUGCACUCACCAACUUUCUUCAACCUUUGUUGCUUCCGGAACAUGUUGUAGAUGCAUCCACCUUUACGUACAUACACGAUUCGUGCCAACAAUCAAGAAGUUGUGGUUCUAAAGCCCAACAAUCAGAAAUCGGUGUUGUUGUUAAUGUUGGGGGGCUGAAGUGUGAUUAUGAUUUUAAUUCUGGCGACGAGACUCACAGUUUCAAAUCUCUCAAAUUUCAACCAGUUGAUGAACUUGGAUUAGAGACUCAAUAUGACUUUGGGUGGUUUAAUGAUUAUCUGGAUUCUCAGAGUCUUCAACCCAUGCUUUUGGAUGAAAUGAGUUCACAACAAACUCCCUUAGAAAAAAUUGUCCCGGAAAUUUCAGCCGAUUUUGGUUCCUUUGAAUGGGACGUUAAUGCAGAUCCUUCAGAUUUUCCGGCAGCAGACGGUAAAAUUGUUAAUUACGUUUAUUUAUGA